AUGUCCCCGACCUUUGUCGGCAACUCGCGACCCAUUUUUGGCGGCUACGAUGGGCCAUGGCCCGACAACUGGAGCGAAGUAUACGAGUCGGAUACUGAGUCCCCUACUCAAUCUAGAUCUUUCGCUACCGAUGUCGGGGCCGGCCACACGGUGGUACAACCCUCAACGCCAAACCAUCAUGAUAUCCAACCCCGCCUCUCUACUGUCUAUUCAGGCAGAACUCUGCUGGGUAGCGGCAGCUCACCGCUGUCAACAGCAGGCGAAGAACUGGGCUACAACCCCGGGCCAGCCCACAAGUAUCUACCUCCCGAGCCAACAAAUACGCUGGUCAAACUCUACGACUUUUCGCGCGAACUUUCUACCACACAAGCGCUACAGGAAAUAUCCUGGGAGUACAAUCCAAGCAUGGAUGUCUACUUCCAAAUGAUUCAAUUCUCUCUGGGAGGCAUUCAAGCGCCCGUUAUUUCGGGCUCGGUCAGUCCGCGCCAUAUUUCGACGAUGGGACCCACGAGAGAACUCUCCGAAGCCUUGGUGGUGUUCGAAGUCAUUGGUGACGCAUAUCCGGGUUGUCUCAAGGAACUUUGCCAUUGGUCGCUGUUGGCUGCUAUCGACGUGUUUACCCAAUGCUGCGAUUAUUUGACGACAAAUUCAUUCACUGCCCCUUUCCCCCUGUUUCGAUCUAUCUCAGACCCGACCACCAUCGACAAGCCUGCACCUGCGGGCAUGCAUAUCGCGAGCUGCUUUUUCGUUGUCGCCCUUCUCAUGUUGUCAAAGCUUCAGUGUCAACCCGAUGGUCCAUGUUCUUGGUGGGUGGAUGCGAAGGAUGCGCAAGCCGAGAAGAAGCUAGCAAAUCACCAGAGCCAGAUGGGUCAUUCGAGCUCGCUCGCUUUUGACAGCUCCCUCGAUGCUGCACUCAGAGCUCAUCAAGAGAAGAAACGUCGAAAACAGGAACUUGGGCUAGCGACCACUGUCGCGAUAGGAGAUGCGGAGAUUCUUGUUGCUCAGUCUUCAACUGCUAGUGGCCCCUACGCUGCUACCUCUGACUCUCUUGCAACCUUCGACGACAACACUGCUGUGAUGUCGGAACCUGAUGACACCGAUAUGGCCCACCCACAAACACAUCUUGAGCCAGAGUCAGAUCCUCCACUCCCUCCACCAUCUCCUUUGCGACCCGUACGAAAUCGACGCCCAACAUGGAAAAUUCUUGCGCAGUUGCCCGAACCUCCGCCACCUCCGCCCGAUCGAGAUGACGAGCUCGAGGAGCCUGAUCAGUCGGUGCCAUUUCAGUGGGAGGCUAGAAACACAUCACGAAAUGGCUUUGGUCUUUUCCGCGAGUACCCAUGCACUCCCUCUCAUAACCCUGACGGCAAUACCUCACUCGCUGAUCAAUCUGAUGUCCCGACCGCCUCCGUGGAGUCCUUUCCAGCCACAGGAGACUCUCGACUGUCACCGCUGGCCGCGCCUGCAGAUGCUUUAGCGGCUGUGGGCCAAUCAGCAUCGUAUGGGCCUUUUGGCAACUUCACAGUCUGGGGUCUCAUGAACUGGAUGUGGACAGGCUCAGCGAUGAAGAGCAUUGGAGAAUGUGCGCGUUUGCUGGACUAUCUCAAGUCCCCGCUCUUCAAUGUUGCUGAUCUUAUGUCAUUCGACAUUAAAGCUCAAACCAAACGAUUCGACAACUAUCUCCGGGGGGAAGGGAUAGAUUCGGGGGGAACUGAAAGCGAGGUCAAGGAUGGAUGGCAAUCUGCGAGUGUCGAAAUAGACGUUCCCGACCCACGAAAAGGGAUGAAGGGUCCGCUCAAGUACACGAUCGAAGGGCUCCGCUUGCGCAGCCUGACCGAGACGGUGAAGACUGUUCUAAGCGAUUCCAGCUCCCGCUUCUUCCACUACACGCCCUUUCGCCAAUGGUGGCAGCCGGUUACCGAUGGGCCAACGCAGCGCGUCUAUGACGAAAUCUAUUCAUCCGAUGCCUAUAUCCGCACUUACGAGGAGCUGCAGCGUAGCCCACGGGAGCCAGGCUGCACAUUGGAGCGCUGUAUAGUGGCUCUGAUGUUCUGGUCCGACUCAACGCAGCUCGCCAACUUUGGGACGGCAGCACUCUGGCCGAUUUACCUGUUCUUUGGUAAUCAGUCAAAGUGGGUGCGGGGGAAACCACGAGCACGAGCUUGCCAUCACAUUGCUUAUAUGCCAAAGCUUGCUGAUGACUUCUUCGACUGGUUCAAGACAACAACGGGUGAAGCGCCAACUUCGGAGAUGCUUACGCACUGUCGGCGGGAACCUUUCCACACCAUAUGGCGGCUUAUCCUCGACGACAAGUUCAUGGAGGCGGUUCUUCUGGCCACAAUACGCAGUCUGAGCCGCUGUCCCUGCCCACGAUGUCUUCUGACGGCUGACCAAUUCAAUCAACUGGGCACUGUCAACGACAAUAAACGACGAGCCAAACUCCACCGUGUUGAUGACCAUCGCCAUCGUGGCCUUGUUCGACGUGCCCGGGCUAAGGUAUACGACAAGAACCUGGCCCCGUAUGGAGCUGCUGUCAAGCGCAUCCUGGGACCGGAAUCCUACGUUCCCGUCAUGAAUGCUUUCAGUAACGUGUCCACCUUCACGUGGGACAUCUUCCAGAUGCUAGCUCCUGAUCUUAUGCAUGAGCUGGAGCUGGGUGUCUGGAAAAUGACCUUUGUCCAUCUGAUCCGCAUCUUAGUUGCCAACGCUGGUGACGCUAUCACUAGCCUCAACUGGCGCUAUCGACAGAUGCCAGCCUUUGGUCGAGACACAAUUUGGCGGUUUACGAACAACACAUCCGCAAUGAAACGUCUUGCUGCCCGGGACUACGAGGACUUAUUGCAGUGUGCCAUGCCUGUAUUUGAAGGCCUGUUGGACGAUGAUGUCUAUGGUGACAAUGAUGUCAUCCAAGACCUGUUGUUCAGUAUGGCAUACUUUCAUGCGCUAGCCAAGCUUCGUAUGCAUACGGAUGCGACACUGGAGCGACUCCGAGAGGCAACAAAGGACUUGGGCUAUCAACUCCGCCGUUUCGCGAAAUCGACCUGCGAACACUUUGUCACAAAGGAGCUUCCUCGGGAGGAGGCUGCCCGCCGCAAGAAGGCUGCACGGAAGGCCCCGACAUCAACCGUUGAUUCCAGCCCACAGUUCAAAGCAUUUAACCUCACGACUGUCAAAAUGCACCUGAUUGGUUACUACCCAGUGGAAAUCCCCUUCUUUGGAACGACUGACUCAUAUUCGACCGCACCAGGGGAACUCGAACACAAGCGAGGCAAGGGUUUUUACAGCCGGACCAGCAAGAAUGGUGCUGUUACUCAGAUCUCUAAUCUCGAGCGUCGUGAGGCUGAGCUACUACGCAUUCAAACCAAGGUCCAGGCUGCUGCUGCUGCCCCUCCAAUCGCAACUCUUGACACUUCAUCCAAGCGCAAACGAGGCACAGCCAAGGCGCGAGCCAAAUCAACUGGCACUACUCUGAGCUUUGCUGACUCUGAAUCUCUUCCGUAUACGCCACCCGAUUUCCCUCAUCAUAUUUCCCAAAGUCGUAACUUUUAUUUCACUCUGGAUAACUGGCUGGAUGAAAAUACUGGUGACCCAGCCAUUAAGAACUUCCGACGCGACCUUAAAAAUCAUCUCCUGGCACGUAUACUGCAUCCAGACUACUCAAGCGAUGGAUCCAAAUAUUCCGCCAAUGACCGCAACAACCUGUUCAUUGUCAACAACCGCAUCUAUAUUCACAAGAUUCUCCGAGUCAACUUUACGACUUACGAUGUGCGUCGAGGACAAGAUUCUAUGAACUCACGAACCCACGCUGAUAUUAUGACGCUAUCGCCCGAGGACACCAGUGAUGACCACCCUUUCGAGUACUCCCGUGUCAUUGGCAUCUUCCAUUGUGACGUUCAACACAAACUCCGUGGCUAUGUCUCAGCUGCUGUUCCUGUCACCUUUCUCUGGGUCCGCCGCUUCCGGCUAGACAAAUCUUGGCGCGGUGGUUUUAAACGACGACGACUUCACCGCCUCGAGUUUGUUCCCGAGCUUGACGAUACCGCAUAUGCUUUUGUCAACCCUGACGAGGUCAUCCGUGAAGCCCAUCUUAUCCCUGCCUUCGCGCGCGGGCUCAUCGACAACUCCGACAUCCCAUCACUUGGCCGGCCUAAUGGUCGACAAGACUGGCUCUACCACUAUGUGAACUUCUUUGUUGAUCGCGACAUGCUGAUGCGCUAUUAUGGUGGUGGCGUGGGCCAUUCCUAUCAGGUCUUUGUUCCAGAUCCUGAGCCAGAUGCUGCUGAAAUGGAGAUUGAGGAGUGGUCUGAUGGUGAGGUUAAUGAGAUUCUGACUGACACUGAGUCAGAGGGGUCUGUCCUGGGGCAGGAUGAGCCCUUGGAACCAGAGCUGGACAACUCAGACCUUGAAGAGGAGGAGGAGGAGGAGGAUUUGGCUGCACAGUCUGGUUCUGACAGAGACUCAGAGUGGGACAGUGAGUCUGACUCUGACUCUGACUCUGGUGAGCCUGAUUUAGGGCCUGAGGAUGGGGAGGACAUUGGGGAUGCACAGGCUGCAGAUAACUAUGAUAUUUCACUUUAA